UGCACUUAAUAUUGGGCUUCAGAGUCGUGAAUUUAAUUGUCAGAAGAGAGACCAAACUCUUUAAAUUCAGUGGUCCCGCCAAAACCAAACGGCCUAACUCCUCCGGUCCUGCUGCUACUCGGAUCACUAGACUUGCUCUCUCGGAGCAUGGUUUCUUUCCGUGCUCUCAGAUCUUCAAAGCUCAUCUCAUGGAAACCGACUGGCGGGCUUCAGCAAACCCUAGCAGGUUGUGUAGAGCGGCGAGGCAAUACUUUACACUCUGGAAAGUCUUCAGUAGUCAAACUGUGUCCUGGAUUUGUAGGAGAAGGGAGGUAUUUCGAUUUUCGGUCCAAUUCGAUACCAGCGUUGAUUGAUUUUGCUCACGAGUCACCUCUCUGCACCACAUUGUGUAAAGACGGUUUCAGAGUACGAACUGUUGAGCACUUGCUUUCUGCUUUGGAGGCUUCUGGUGUUGAUAACUGCAGAAUUGAGAUAGAAAAUUUAGAUUGUGAAGGAGAUUGUGCUGAGAUCCCUAUAUUUGAUGGAUCAGCCAGUGAAUGGGUGGCAGCAGUGGAAGAAGUUGGUUUAAAGGCAGCAAUUGAUCACCAGGGCAUUAGUUGUGAAAAAUUAGCUCCACAUUUGAACGAACCAACGUAUGUUUUUAGGAAUGAUUCUUUCGUUGCUGCAUUUCCUUCAACAAUGGUUCAAAUAACUUAUGGCAUCAACUUUCCACAGGCACGCGCUAUUGGAUGCCAGUGGUUUUCAACUCCCUUGGACAGUUUACUUUAUUCCAAACAGAUAGCUUUAUCAAGAACCUUCUGCAUUUAUGAGGAGAUUGAACAAAUGCGCAUUGCUGGACUGAUUAAAGGAGGUGGUCUAGAUAAUGCCAUUGUCUGCAGUGCCCAUAAUGGUUGGUUGAAUCCACCUUUGCGUUUCAAUGAUGAACCAUGUCGUCAUAAGGUCCUAGAUCUUAUUGGAGAUCUUUCCCUUUUUGCUCAGUUUGGGAAUCAAGGACUUCCAGUGGCACACGUUGUAGCUUACAAGGCGGGCCAUGCAUUGCAUGCUGAUCUGGUACGCCGCUUAAUAGGAGCUAUUUGAAGGCAGAUAUGUGGUCUCUGGUCUCCAAACUUUUAUUGUUGGUGAAUUUGUUCCGCAGCUUAACGUGAAUUCUUGAAGCUCCUGUUUUAACCAAAGUGCUUGUGGAGAAGACAUGCUGAAAUAUCCACAGACGUUUCGUGAUAUCAAAAGGCAAUGCAUUGUAGAAAGCUGAUUAACGUCGCUCUUAUUCUUACUCAUUGUUAGCGUUAUAUGGCCCUGAUUCUUGAUAAGUAGUAUGUGCAGGCAUUAAACCAUCCUUGUAAAUGAUAACUAAAUGUCUAACUUUCCUGCAGUCUUCUAUUUUCAA